GUCAGUGUUCGGCCGGCGGUCGGGUCGGGCGAGUCGUAGCGUGGCGGAGCACACUCUCCGGACGGACGACGGCGGCGGCCCGAGCGAGCGAACGAGCGGCGAGUGGCGCGCGAUCUUUGUUGGACAUCGCGGCCCUUUGACCCUCGUUGAAGUCGAACGGUUUGACGAGAGCGCCGCGAGUGCAGCACUCGCGCGAGUGAGUGCCCGCGGAGUGAGUGCGAGUGAGUGCAGUGCAAGAGCCCCGGGUGCGCGUUGCGCGUCCACCUGCCUGCCCGCCCGGCAAGGCCCGGCCCGGCUAGCGCACCUGGCCCGGCGUGGACUGGCUGGCCUGCAGACCUGGCCUCCUUCGCUGGAACUGGAACCAAUUUCCUUCUUCUCUUCUCCGGCCUGGAGCCGCCGCGGCCGCCGCUGGAGGCGCGCGCUGCAGUAGUGGUGCGGGGGGCGCGGAGAGAAAUGCCCGGCGCUGUCGCAAACAACAACAACAACGUCCCGCUAGUCGACAAGGAGGGCGCGAGCCUGGACUAGCUGCUGCACCGGUCCAUACCACGACGAUGCUCUUCGCCUCGUCGAGCCGGCACCAGAACCUUGGUCAGGAGCGCGCGCGGCAGAAGGAUAUGCCCCGACAGCCGAUCUGAAUAAGACACCUGAUGAGUGCAAACGUGUAACUGAACGCUAACUCGUGAGUGGCGGCAAUAGAGCCAGACUGGAUACCGCCAUAGGCAGGGCAGCCGUGCAGGCCGCUGCUGCCGUCACGACCCUCUCGCCGCCCGACUACCAGCCGCAGGCUGAUGGCAUGGCCGAGGAGGCCGAGGAGGACGCGGUGGUGGCGUUGCUGCUGUGGUCCGGGCGCGCCCUCCUGCUGCUGCUGCUCAUCCUGGGCGCCGCCGCCAACGCCCUGGCGCUGAUCGCCUUCUGCCGCGGCCCGGGACUGCGCACGCUCUCUAACCGCUUCGUUAUGAACCUCCUCGUCGUCAACCUGGCGGCAUGCACCCUGCUGCUGCCGCUGCUGCUGCUCGAGAGCACCAACGCCCUGGGCACGGCGAGCGGCCCGGGCAACGCCGUGCUGUGCUCCAUCAGCGAGGGCGUGGCGGCCGGCUACUGCACCGCCUCCAUCCUGGGCGUCCUCCUCAUCGCCGUGGACCAGUACUACGCAGUGGUGGACCCGCUGCGCUACCACUCCAAGGUGGACGGCGUGCGCAGCGUCGGCAUGCUGGCGGCCGCCUGGCUGUGCGCGCUGCUCGCGGGCGUGCUGGGCGCGCUGGAGCCCCGCGGUGCCGGCCUGUGGGCGUCGUGCGACACGAGCCCGGUCCCCGCCGCCGUCCUGGCGAGGGCCGGCAUACCUGGGGAGGAUGACCUCGACAACCCCGGCACCGAGGAUGCCGUCGUCGUGUCGCUGUACCGCCGCGUGUACGCCGCCGUGUUCGCCGUGCUGGUGUUCAUCGUGCCUUUCGCCGCGCUGUGUUGGAUCUACGUGUCCAUCUCCAGCGCGGCACACCGCAAUUCACAGCGGACGAGGCGCAACGGCUCAGGUUCGGUCGCUCCGUCGACGCCUCCCCCGGAGCUGAGCUGCUCGGAGUGCGGGGUCCGCAGCGUGGGCCCCACGCCGUCCAGCACUCUGAGCGGGCACGCCGGGCACGCGCGCGCCGCCGCCGGGCCCCUCGGCCUCCCGGUCAGCCGGAGUGCGCCGGCCAUGGACGCCGUGGCGGCGGAGGCGGCCGCGGGCGAGGCCGGCCACCAGCGGCAGCAGCUGCAGCUGCCGGCGAGCAGGCGGAGCUCCGUCACGUCUUCGGCCGACGACGCGGCCAGCUGCGGCGACAGCGUGUCCACGUGCGGCUUGGCGCGCACGGAGCGGCGGCGCAGCAGCUGCCCGCACGCGCACGCCGUCACCGUCACCAUCUCGCCGCCGCCGCCGUUGGCCGUCAGGUCGGCGUCGGCGUGGCUCGUGUCCUCGCUGCGCUGCCGCAUUUCCAACGCGUCGCUCUUUCGCUACCGCGAGGAGGGCCGCGCGGCGCGCGUCUCUGCCAUCGUGGUCGUCAUGGCGCUGGGCUGCUGGGCGCCGUACGUGGCGGUGCUGGUGCUGCACGCAGCGCUGCCCGCCGCCUCCCCAGCCACCUCCCGCCUGCCGCGCCACCUUGACGCGCUGGCGCUGGCCGCCCUCGCGGCCGCCGUCUGCAUCUCGCCCUGCCUGUUCGCCUUCCGGAACAGGCGCGUGCAGAAGGAGGUCCGCCGCGUGCUGUGCCCGCGGGGACGCAAAGGCUCGCUGGAGCGGGGCCGAGGCUGCAACAAGAACAAAAGUCGCCACGGGUCCGCCGCUGGGGCGGGGCCAAGUGGGGGUGGCAGCGCGCGGAGGUUGCUCCCGCACAGCCUCAUGGCUAGCCUGGCCGAGGACUGUAGCUCCCCGUCAGACAGCACGUCAGCACUCACUAUAUCCGGGAUGGGUAAGGGGAUGGACGACGACGCCAGCGCCCUCACUGUGUCCGUGUCGUUGCUGCCAGCGCCGCUGUGGACGCCGCACCUUCUUCCAGACGACGCCCUCGCCGUGGAGACGGCCAGGAGCUCUUUCUCCUCUGGGGCGUCCUCCUCGCAGGGCUCAGCGCUGUCCACGGACACGGCCGACGAGUAGUGGCGCACCAUGGACAAGGCGGGAGAGGAGUCGCCCGAGACGUACCUGAAGCACAAACGGCACAAACCCUUUUCCACUCUGUUGGAACAGGCCGGCUACUGAUAUUAAGAGUUUGGUCGAGUGCACUUAGUGCAGCACUAGUGAUAUUAAUGACUGCAUUGUUCCUUCUCCACAAAUUUCGCGUACUCGUCGUGUCCUCGGAAGCAGAGGAGGUAUCUAAUAAUCGGAGUAACGAAUAUCUGCCAUUUGCACCAGACAAAUUCUUUUCUGUUUUCGUCCAGUUUAGGAUUUAAAAAAUCACACUGUAAUUCUCUUUGCCUUUACAAUGCAAUAGCUAAGUAAAUCUCAGAGGAAUCUAAAAGACUGACAGUCUUGCCCGUUAGAGUAUAAGCUGUCUACCACAAAACUCAUCCAUGUGGGACCACUAGUCAUUUUAUAAUAGUGAAUAUAACUUACUUUACAAUACUGUAAGAAUUGCCUACCUACCACUUCAGUGUUAAAAGUUAUACUAAAUGGAGAGAGAGGCCUGUUGUUUGCAGAAAAGCCUCCAUAGUGCCAUACCUGACCAUUGAAUUGAUCCGGAUGUAUUUUCCACUUGAUAUGCUUCUUUUUCAGGCUUUAACUUUGCUCUAGGACAGCUGUGUUCAAAGGUUUCAAAAGAGGACAGAUCAUUGGAAAAUUUGUUCUGCUGUCUAGUGGCUGCCACUGAACAAGGGUCUCCCAUUUUAAAUACAAUUAACUUGAGAAUCAAUGAAAACUGUGAUAAAUUAUGUUGAUAUGUAAAUAAGGAGGUCUUCCUCCUAAAGUGUUUUUGUUUGCUAAGCUUGUUAAUAA